AUUCGAUCAAAAGCUCAGAACGCCCGUGUUGUUGGAUCCGCAGGUCUACUGCUACUGCUGUUCUUCCCGAUCUAAGAGAGACGUCAACAAUGGCGAAGCUCUCCGUAAUCUUCCUCCUCUGUUGGUUCCUCUUCUCUGUUUCCAUUGCUUUUCAAUCAGAUGAACUUCUUCUCGACGAUGAAGAGUUUGGUCUCGAAGGAAACAAACCUCGCUCCGCCGAACCCCUCCAUACCACUUCGCCGCAGCAGACUCCGACCACUCGGAAGAAGUUUUCCGAUUCAGAUUUGGAUUCCAAGAUCCAAUUCACUCUCGAACAUGCUUUCGGCGACUCUGAUUUCUCUCCCGCCGGCACUUUCUCCGCUCGUCUCAAGACCUGGAGCCAUGGCGGACAGACGUUAACAAAGUUGAGGUUCUCAAGGAAUGGUCUUUCUGAUGAGGACAAAGAUAAAUUUAAUAAUCUGCUGAAAGGAGACGACUUCUAUAGAAUAAGACUUCCAUCUAAUGUGUUGAGUUCACCUGGAAGAGAGUAUGUGAUCGCAUCAGUGAGAGCUAGAUGUCUUCCACGGGAUGGUUUGGAUGAGCAUUUCGUCAUACACACGGACGGUGUCAACAUAUUGGCAGUCAAUUAUGGUUCUCCUGGAGCAUGCCCAUAUCCGCGACUGUUGAAACUUCCAUCAAAAUGGUCAUUCAACUCCCACACGAUUUUGAAAAGCAGUGAGCAGGCACCAAGAACUCCAAUAUUCACCGAGGAAAUUUUAGGUGGUGAGAAAGUGGAGGGUGAAGCCGAACAGCCGCCAGAGAGAUCGUUUUGGGCAAAAUACUGGAUGUACUUGAUCCCGCUCGGGCUCAUAGUGAUGAAUGCUGUAACACAAGCGGCGAACAUGGCGGAAGGACAAGCAGGAGGGUCUCAAGGGCAGCAGCCUGCAGCUAAUUCCGCUGUUAGGAGAAGAUGAUUUCGGGGUUUUUCUUUCACCAUCAUAGCAAUCAAGGUUAGAUUUCCGAGACCAUGCAUCAUUACAUUGCUCCUUUUUCGUCAAUCAGGAAAAUUAUGACUGUUGCAAAAUACUGGAUGCUAUAGUGUAAGUUGUGGAAAAGGGAUCAAAGAACAUUAGCCCAGAUUUUGCAAUUUUUUUUUUUUUGCAACCAUGUUUUUUUUUUCUGGCUUUGGGGAUUGGACUGAAGUAUUUACAUGUUUCCAUACCCUAUCCACUGAGUUCCGAUAUUUCUCUA